GAAAUUUAUGUUGAUUUAAUACUACUUACACGCAUCAACGGCUAUCCAUUACUGCACGAAUGGAAAAGGCUGGCAGCAAUCGUUUGCCAUUCUUUUGUAAACGUGCAUAUAACGUCGACGGCCAGCGAGCUAGCCAGUAUUUGUCGUUGGAGAGAAAUUGGGCAGGAAAAUUAUUCUCGCCGCCGGUUAGAGUCUGCGGUACGCACCAUCGAAGUAAAUUAACGAAAUUCUGUGGCUACAUCAUGUACAGACUAGCAGCAAUUGAGUGCAAGAGUGCGAUGCAGCGCACGCUUCCUCAAACCAGCAGCAGACAAUACAGCAGUAAUAACAACAGAAGUCACAGUGGUAAUGGACAACAGCAAAAUCAACAACAGCAGGAACAGCAUCAGCACCAACGGCAACGGCAGAGAGGCAGCCUGCCCCCGCCUCCCAAUGCACGCGAAGCAGGCUUCGGCAAAGUGAUGGUUCUAUUGAGCCCACUGGCUGCAGUCGGCGGCGUCAUCACCUAUUCCAAGUACGACAAUGAUUUCCGCAAGAUGGUUGAGAAGAAUGUGCCCGGUGCCGAAGCGGUGAUCAAAGUGGCACUGCAGGAAGAGCCGCCAUUCCAGGGAAUCACCAAAAGUGUUAACGACCAAAUCGAUAGUAUAAAAUCGACCUUUACUAGUGUUUCGGAUACGGUUAGCUCCGCUUCCAAUAAAGUAACCGGAUUCUUUGGCGGCAAAAAGGAUCCCCCCGUGCAGGCUGCAUCGAAACCAAACGAAACCGCGGUACAGAAAACAGAUAAACUGAAAUCUGCUGCUGCUCCAGCUCAGCCAGCUGCCCAGAAGGAAACAAAAAUUGCCACCAAGUCGGACGUAACACCGCCACCGCCAAAACCAGCUGCGCCUCAACCUCAACCAUUGCCACACGAAGUCGUGGAGCUGGAGAAGGCCAUCGAGCUGUCGGCCCAGUUGGCAAUCAAGGAGUACAAUUCUGCUAUUGGAGUUCUUAAUUUCAACGAUGAUGUUCGUCGCGUGGUCGACAAGGCAGUGGAGCAUGGGGAGAACUCGCUGUGGGCAACACUCAAGAACCGAGCAAGUGCAAGAGACUCGGCCGUACAGGUGGCAGAGCGUGCGGCUCGCGAGGCACAGGAAAAGAUUGAGCGCUGUCAAAUCGCAUUGAGUAAGGCGGCCAAUGCGAAAAACCAGGAGAAGGUGGAGCAAGUGCGAGACAAGAUUCAGAAACUUGUGGCGCAUAUAAAUAAAGUCAAGGAUGAGCUGUACCGACAGAAGGACACAGCAAGCGUGUCAGAUAAAUAUUGGCGUAGUGUAGAACAGGCACGUAACUAUUUUAUUGAUGAAAUCGAGUCGAUUUUCCCUGGCAUCAAUCUGGCUGAGAAGAAGUUGAACCUAUCGAAAGAGGAUCUGGAUUUGUUCAUACUGCAUGCCUAUUCGCAUGUGGUGGCCUACCAAAAGGAGCUGCAGCGCCUGCAAACCGACGGCGAAUUGCGCUUGAAGCGUGCCAUUGAUUCGUUGCGCGGCGACAAUAGCUCGGAGGCUUUGCGUGCUCAGCUCGACUACCACUUGGAGGCUGAGAAGCGCAAGCUAGCGGUGGAAAAUCAAAAGAAAAUAUUCCAAAUCCAUGCCGAAGCGGACAAGCAACUGCGUUUGCAGCUGAAGAAACAAACCGAAGCCCAUACAGAUCAUAUUAAGGACAUCGUUGCGCAGCGAGAAAGCGAUUUGACUCGCGCUUUCCAGCGUGAAAUGGACGAUAAAUUGGCUGCUGAAAAGGCCAACUACAAGCUCCAACUGGCUGCUAUGCUUGGCAAGCUACGCGGAAUGGAUGCUGCACUGGCUGAAAUAGAGGACAAGUUCGCAGAACGCGCUGAAACUGAGCGUUCUGCUAACCAAGCGCAAGCUUUAUGGGCUGCCUGCCAAGCCCUCUGGGCUUCUGUACGCACUGCCACGCCCGGUGUCCACUACAAGGAUAAGCUGAGGCCACUCAAGAACGAGAUCAAUGCAAUUGCCAAGGUGGCUGAGGGCGACGAAUUGGUAAUUGCUGUGCUGGAGAACAUGCCAAAGGAGGCUCAGGAGCGUGGCGUAUUCCCGGAGGAUGCGCUACGUGAGCGGUUCCUGAACGUUGAACGCAUUGCGCGACGUCUAGCAAUGGUGCCAGAGAAUGGAGGAAGCAUACCCAUUUAUUUCCUCUCAUUUCUGCAAUCCCUUUUCAUUUUACGGCCAGAUAAUCCAGUUUCGAGCGAUGAGCUAGAGAACAAGCCUUUUGAUUAUAGCAAAUUGGACACCUAUGACAUAUUGAAUAGAGCCAGGUACCAUGUGGACCGUGGUGAUUUCCUGCAGGCGCUUAAAUACUUAAACCUGCUGCAAGGCGCUCCUCGCGAAGUGGCCAACGAUUGGAUGAAGGAGACUCGCCUCAUGCUCGAGACACAGCAGGCAGCAAAUACUUUGAUGGCGCACGCCGCUGCAAGCGGUCUGAUGUAUUUGUAAACUAUGUUCCCCAUAACGUCGACCGUUUAGUUUAUCUCC